UUCUUUUAUUUUCAGCAUACUUUUAACUUUUGCAUUUGAAUGUUCUGCCUUGAUUUUGAAAAAAAAAACAAUCUUUCAGGGAGGUUUGGAGUGGCAUAAUCCUCUUUUUGAAGAGUUGUUACAAAUUCUUGAUUGUAAAGUUUCAAUCUUUAGUAGGAGUACUAAAUUGGACUUUUGAUUUGUUCUGACAAACUGCAAAUUUUAUAAUGUAAAAACAUAUCACCCCAAGAUUAUAUAUUUGUAUUGCCUCACAACUUAUCAGUGGUCAAAACCCCAGAAGCUGUCUUCCCCUCAAACCCAAUUUGAAUUUAUCUGUUUCUUAAAUUUGCAGAUUUUUUAUGCUGAUUUGAUUUGUGGGCUUUUCUUGAUUUAGCAGGUGAAAUGAAUUAAUCUUUUGUUUCUGAUUUAUGUGGAUGGAGGUAAAUUUGAGGUGUUUUGUUCUUGAAUACUGUUUUGCUUCUUCAACAACAAUCUUGAAGUUAAGGAUGCCUUUAGUAAGAGCUGCUGCAGUUAUGGGAAGCCACGGGUGUUGCUCAGUGAAGGAUGCGGAUAUCACCUCUGAAACAUCAAUUUCCAUGUUUGGCUCGGAUGCUACGUGUACUACUCAAUCUUCGAGUGUUGAACUUGAAUACGAAUUGGAUAGUCAAAGUCAUGACGUGGUUGGCUACGACAGUGACAAGAUGAAACUAAAGCUUCAAGAACUCGAGAAGGUGCUUCUUGAUGAUAAUGCUGCCAAUGAUGACAACCAGAGUAUGGAAAUCGAAGGCGGGUUGUCCGACACCACAUGUUAUGCCUUACAUCACGACUCAACGAUGGAAUCUUCGUCUUCAGAUUCCGUUCUUAGCAUCAUAAGUACCCCUAGGGAGUUAUCAUUCACUACUCCGAAGAGCUUGCUUUUUGAGUGUGCUGCUGCAAUCCAGAACGGGUACUGCCAUGAGGCGUCACAGAUGAUAGAUGUUCUCCGGCAGAGGGUCUCUAUCCAGGGAGAACCGUCUGAUCGGAUUGCAGCUUACAUGGUGGAGGCACUGGUGGCCCGAAUGGCCACAUCUGGAAGAGGUAUUUACAAAGCUUUGAAAUGCAAAAGCCCGCCCUCAUCUGACCGGCUCUCUGCAAUGCAAGUCCUCUUUGAGGCGUGCCCGUGCUUCAGAUUCGGGUUCAUGGCUGCAAACGGAGCGAUACUGGAGACGUGUAGAUACGAGACGCGAGUCCACAUUAUCGACUUUGAUAUCAACCAAGGGAGUCAGUAUUAUACACUGCUGCAGACACUGGCCGAGACUCCUGGUAAACGGCCUCAUGUGCGAUUAACGGGCGUGGACGACCCAGAAUCAGUCCAGCGCAGCGUAGGAGGGCUGAAUAUAAUAGGGGAGAGGCUCGUGCAGCACGCCAAAGACUUGCAGCUCUCGUUCGAGUUCCACGCUGUGGCUGCAGAGACGGCUCUGGUUUCCCCAUCAAUGCUUGGCUGCCAGCCAGGCGAAGCAUUGGUCGUGAACUUUGCCUUUCAGCUCCACCACCUGCCUGACGAGAGUGUGUCAACUACAAACCUCCGAGACCAGCUGCUCCGGAUGGUUAAGAGCUUGAGACCGAAGCUUGUCACUCUAGUCGAGCAGGAUGUGAACACGAACACCAGCCCAUUCUUGCUGAGAUUCGCUGAGGCGUAUAAUUACUACUCUGCGGUGUUUGCAUCUCUGGACGCUACUCUCGGAAGGGACAACCAGGACCGGAUAAACGUGGAGAAGCACUGCCUGGCUCGUGAUAUCAUCAACGUCGUUGCAUGUGAAGGAGAAGAGAGGAUAGAGCGGUAUGAAGUUGCCGGGAAAUGGAAAGCGAGGAUGAGCAUGGCUGGUUUCAACCCGCGGCCGAUCAGUGGGAACGUGUACGGUGAGAUCCAGAAGCUCAUAAAACAAUACUCGGACCGGUACAAGGUUAAGCAAGAGACGGGGACGCUCCAUUUCGGGUGGGAGGACAAGAUGUUGAUCCUCAGCUCGGCGUGGACCUGAUGAGUUUGAUGGCAUAUUUGUAAUGAUAGGUUUUGAAUCUUGUCAAAACAUCUCAAACACAAAACUCUCUUCCAUCAUUCUCUUUUAUGUAUUUUGUUUUUACUGUUGAUGUUUCGAAAGGUGUUCUAGCUAAGUCGAAAGAUUUAGUCCAGGCAUUUGGGACAGAUGAUCAAUCUAAAGUUUGCUUGUGCGUGUA